AUGACUCUGUCUUCUGUCCUUGGGAAAGAUAAGAAUUUACAAUUGCUUGACUUAAACGAUCAAGGUGAUGACAGUUGGUCGAUUAUUAAAAAGAUUGAAGUAAUAGAAGAACUUAUUCAAAAAAUAAAAGCAAAAAAUUUAAAACUCGAAUCCAAAUAUAUAGCAGAAAUGAAUAACAUCCGAUCUAUUAUUAAGAAAAAUAAAAUUGAAAUGGAAACUAGGCUUUCUAAGUUACGUGAACAAAAUGAUAACGAAAUUAAAGAACUUGACGAAUCCAACUCAAAUGAAAUAAAGCUAAUGAAAGAAAAAAUUAAUGAUGCAAAUGAUACCACUAAUAAAUUUCAUGACAACAGAAGAGCAAUGCGAAAGGCUCAAAAAGAAGCCGAACUUAACGAGUUAAAGCAUCAAUUAGAAUCAAUGAAGCAAAUGAAUGAAUCUCUAUUAAUGAAUAAUAGUACAAAAAUAAGAAAUAAUAAUAUGGACAACGUUGUUAAGAUAUCCGAGCUAAUGGCCAAAAUUGAAUUAAUGAAAUCAUCCAUUGAUGAAGUUAAUUCCUCUAUUCAGCAAAAUCUUCUAUUAAAUACCAAAUCUAUCCGUGAAAUUAAUUUUAAAUAUCAAUCACGCGCGGAGCAGAGUCAAAAAGAGUUAGAAAGCAUGAAAGAAAAGCUCAAUAAGCAAACAAAUGAAGUAGAAAUUGUAAUCAAAAAUGAAGAAAUGUCGAAUCAGCAAGUAAUUCAAAAGUAUAAUAAAGAACUGGAGAUAGCUGAGAUCAAAGAAAAAAAGCUUCAAGAACUUAAAAUAAAAUUAGGUCAAAAGCAUAAAACCCAACGCGAUGAGUUAAAAUCUAAUAUCGAAUCUAUUCGAGAAGCUAUAGAGAGCAUAAACGAAAUUUGUGUAGAGAAUGAGAAAAUAUCCGAAAAGCAUGAAAAAAAGAUCUCAAAUAUCGAAAAAGAUUGUGCAAAGAUCUCAUCCCAAAUAGAUGAGACUAAAGAAGAAAUCCAACAACUUAAAUCAGAAAAUAUUAUUCUACGAAAAGAAAUACAACGUUUACGUAAUAAGAAUUUUGAUUAUCGAAUGACUUCUAUUGUUCCUCGUAUUUAA